GUCGAAUCGGUGUCACAAUGGCAUGGACAAGUUUGUGACCAAGACGGCCAAGCGGCCCGCGGCCGACGACGGCAGAGAUACCUCCACAGCGAAGAAAGCCAAGUCAGUUGAAAGGCCCGAGUCGCCUGCGGUCGGCGAGUGCACGUGGGAGGAGAUUGGAACGGUGCUGUACAUGUGCAACUUUGCCGCUCCGUCCUGUGGAACGAAGACCCUUGCCAAGAUCGCCGCCUUGGACUUGGACAGCACGCUGAUCUCGACGAAGAGCGGCAAGACGUUUCCCACUGACGCGAAGGAUUGGAAGUUCUGGAACGAGUGUGUUCCCACCGCGCUUCGCAAUGUCGUGGCGGAUGGAUACCAAGUUGUGGUCUUCUCCAACCAGAGCGGGUUGUCCAAGGGCCGCGUCAGCGCCACUGAGCUCAAGACCAAGAUCAACGCGAUCGCCGCCCAACUCAAUAUGCCCCUUCGCGUGUUUCUCAUGUCUUCCGACGACAUCAUGCGAAAGCCCCGCAUCGGAGCAUGGACGUUGAUGCUCCGUCAUUGUAACUUGGACGUCGACCUCGCCAACAGCUUUUAUUGUGGCGACGCCGCGGGCAGGCCGAAAGCUGCUGGAAAGAGCAAAAAAGACUUUUCGUGCGCCGACUACAAGUUUGCUCUGAACGUCGGCAUUGCGUUUUCCACGCCCGAGCGAUUCUUCCUCAAGUCGACACUGGGUCUCCAUUGUAAUCCCGAAUCGUUUGAGCUGGGCCACGACCCCCGCUCUCUGCUCCAGACGGAACACGCCGCAUUUCAAGUCGCGUCGACCGACUCCCAGGAGUUGGUUGUUCUCGUGGGGAGUCCAGCAUCGGGCAAGUCGUCCUUUUGCAAAGCGUACUUUUCGACGCAUGGCCGGAUUAACCAAGACACGUUGAAAACACUGGCCAAGUGCAAAGCAGCCGCGCAGGACAUGCUAUCUCAAGGCAAGAGCGUUGUGAUUGACAACACAAACCGCGACAUCAAGGUCGUGCCUCCCAUCAUCUCACCCCCCGCCCUCGUUGUUGCGUCUGCCAUGGACCUUCAUCGGGACUCGAUUCGUCGUAAACGACGUGCGAUCGCGCUCGCUGACGUCCUGCUCACGUGUAGAGUCGUGCCGAGUGGAUUGCCAUGGCUAGAGACCACAAUGUCCCCGUGCGCGCAUUCUACUUGGACCUGCCAAAGGCGCUCGUGUUUCACUUGAAGGAGUUUCGGAUGCUGACUUCGUCCGACGCGUCCAAACCGACUGUGCCCGACAUGGUCAUUCAUGGCUUCUUCAAGAACGUCCAAGUGCCGACGGUCGCCGAAGGGUUUGCAUCCGUCGUACACGUCCCGUUCGUCCCGCUGCCACACCUGGUCGCCGAGCCGUCCGCGAGCUUUGUGGAACAAGACAAAGCUCUGUUGACGUCGUUCCUGUUGGGAUAACUCACUCCAAUGUCACGAGUGCGAUGCGUGUUGUCGCUACUUGGAGAGGAUCUCGCGAAGGACGGCGGCUUCCGCCGCCAUUUCGUCCAGACUUCGACGGACGCGGUGGUCGUCAGGGUCCAAUUCAAACGGCCUCGUUGCGUCCUGUUUGCCCAACUAAAUCAAGUCGUGAGCUGUCCGUGUCUUCUGCAAA